AUGAACGGAAACCCACCCGAUCCGCUCGCCCCGAUCACCGAUGGCACAGCGACCUUCGACCCCGGCGAUACCCACCAACAGGAUACUGAGUUUCCGGUACUGAAUCGCGACGAAAUUUUGGCAUCCAAACGACAUAAAACCCUUAAGCGACCCGCUACUGCUCUACAGGCUCCUAGAUGGACGUUUCGUGAUAUGCUUAACAAGCAAAGGAAUCAUGUGGAUGUGCAAUAUGACGAUGCCGGUAAGGAUACUGUGAUGGACGAUGAUGUAUCAGUGGAUCUCGAUUGCCCACUGCCGGAAGUCAAGAUUGCGCAGCGAUUCUUUGAUCAAAUAAUAAAGAGUGGAAGAAUGCGGUAG